CACAGGUCUCGGGCCGCGAAGGGCUCUGGGAAAUGUAGUUCAAAGCAAGAAAGCAACGGAUCCUUUCGGAUUCUUCUCAGUUGCAAGUUGCACCCCCAGGCUGUGAACGCCAGGCCGCCGGGAAGCCGCUGCUACAAAACCCGGCCAGGCCCAAGCCGAUCCCCCUGCCGCAGCGCAGCUCCCGUACCCGAGCCGUGGCCACUCUCCCGGCUCGCACACCGAAGGCCAGACCCGCCCGGCGAGCCGCGGGGCCCUCUGGGAAGUGCUACCCUGCGUCUAACGGACCCAGCUCUCAUUUUUCAGAGUUCUUCCUGCGCUGAGGAACCUUUUAUAAACUCGAUAUUUAUUGAAUGUUGGACAUAUAUCAGUCAGUGGUUGGUGCAUGGGAUAUAGCAGCGGACAAAAGAAGCAACCCUCUCCCCCCAGCUAUCACGAUGCUAAUGUUGUCGAGGACCAGAUAAUAAACAAACUUGUUCAGGACAUCCCUUCCUAAAAAAAAGAGGAAAUGACCGAGUCUGAGGGACUAGUGACAUUCAAAGACGUGGCAAUUGAUUUCACCCCAGAAGAAUGGAAGCAGCUGGAUCCUACUCAGCGGAACCUAUAUAGGAAUGUGAUGCUAGAAAAUUAUAACAACUUAAUCACAGUAGGCCCGCCACUCACCAAACCUGAUGUGAUUUUCAAGUUGGAGCAAGAGGAAGAGCCAUGUGUAGUGGAGAAAGAUGUGUUAUGGAGACACUGUCCAGGAGAGAUUUUGGGAAUUGAUGAACACCAGAAAAUUCAGGACAGACUCUCGAGACAAGUUUUCAAGGGAAUAGUGGUGACUAAUGAAGCCGAUGAAUGUCCUAAGAAAUUUGCAAAUACAUUUUUUCCCAACGCAGACUCCAUUCCUUCUAAACACAAUCUCCAUGAACGUGACAGUGUCAGAAAAUGUUUAGAACCCAAUUUUGGUGACCAUGAUAACGUAAAACACCCGUUGCCAGAGGAACAUUUUGAAUAUGACGAUGCUAUGCAACCAUUCCACACCAGCUCGCCCCAUUUUGUGCUGACCCCCUUUAAGUGCAACCAUUGUGGAAAAGGCUUUAGUCAGACCUUGGACCUCAUCAGACACCUGAGAGUUCAUACAGGGGGGAAACUCUAUGAAUGCCACCAGUGUGGGAAAGGCUUUAGCCACAAGGAGAAACUUAUCAAUCAUCAUAAACUCCAUAGUCGAGAGCAGUGUUAUGAGUGUAAUGAAUGCGGGAAGACUUUCAUCAAGAUGUCAAAUCUCAUUAGACAUCAAAGAAUUCACACCGGCGAGAAACCCUAUGUGUGCCAGGAAUGUGGGAAAUCCUUCAGCCAGAAAUCUAAUCUUAUUGAUCACGAAAAAAUUCACACUGGUGAGAAGCCUUACGAAUGUAACGAGUGUGGCAAAUCCUUCAGCCAGAAACAAAGCCUUGUGGCACAUCAAAAAGUUCACACUGGGGAGAAGCCUUACGCGUGUAACGAGUGUGGUAAAGCCUUCCCUCGGAUCGCUUCCCUUGCUCUGCAUAUGAGAAGUCACACCGGAGAAAAACCAUACAAGUGUGACAAGUGUGGGAAGGCCUUUUCUCAGUUUUCCAUGCUCAUUAUACACGUGAGAAUCCACACUGGUGAGAAGCCUUACGAGUGUGGCGAGUGUGGGAAAGCCUUCUCUCAGAGCUCAGCACUUACGGUACAUAUUAGAAGCCACACGGGCGAGAAACCUUAUGAAUGUAAGGAAUGCAGAAAAUCCUUCAGUCAUAAGAAAAACUUCAUCACCCAUCAGAAAAUCCAUACUCGAGAGAAACCUUACGGAUGCAAUGAAUGUGGAAAAGCUUUUAUCCAGAUGUCAAACCUUGUCAGGCACCAGAGGAUCCACACAGGAGAAAAACCGUAUCUAUGUAAGGAGUGUGGCAAAGCCUUCAGCCAGAAGUCCAAUCUCAUUGCUCAUGAAAAAAUUCACUCUGGAGAGAAACCCUAUGAGUGUAACGAGUGUGGGAAAGCCUUCAGCCAGAAGCAAAACUUCAUUACACAUCAGAAAGUUCAUACGGGAGAGAAACCUUACGAUUGUAACAAAUGUGGGAAAGCCUUUUCUCAGAUCGCUUCCCUCACCCUUCAUCUGAGAAGUCACACGGGAGAAAAGCCUUACGAGUGUGACAAGUGUGGGAAGGCCUUCUCCCAGUGCUCACUACUCAAUUUACACAUGAGAAGCCACACAGGUGAGAAGCCCUACAUAUGUAACGAAUGCGGAAAAGCCUUUUCUCAAAGAACUUCCCUCAUCGUGCAUAUGAGAGGCCACACAGGUGAGAAGCCCUAUGAAUGUAACAAGUGUGGCAAAGCCUUCUCCCAGAGCUCCUCCCUCACUAUCCACAUCCGAGGUCACACGGGCGAGAAACCCUUCGACUGCAGCAAGUGUGGGAAAGCCUUCUCUCAGAUCUCUUCUCUUACGCUUCACAUGAGGAAGCACACAGGAGAGAAGCCCUAUAACUGUAUUGAGUGUGGCAAAGCUUUCAGCCAAAAGUCACACCUUGUCAGACACCAGAGAAUCCACACUCACUAGAGACUCCGUGACCACUGUGAAUGUGAGGACGGCCUUCCAGCAAACACCUCAUACAUAGCACAUGACAUGAUCAGUUCUAGUACUGACUGUAGAAAAGCCUUGUGAAGAACCCAUGCAUUUGUUAGAGAAUUCCCACCAAUUGUAUGAGAAAGCUGAGAGACUGUGAACAAAUACCCAUUGAUAUCAGUAUUCUCAUUCAGAUCUGAAAGAAAAUAUCUGCUGUCAAUCAGUGCACUUGAGCUCCUUGCUGAUGAAUUAAGCAAGAGAAGGAGGUUGGAAAAAGCAGGAACAAUGACUUUUAUAGGCAAUAUGAGACUAUGGGGAAGCAGGUUUUGUAUGAUAAUGUGUCAGGAAGAAAGUCUAAGGUAAUUAGUUGAUGUGCGGACAAAGUUACAAAACAUGCUGAUGAAUGCAAAAGACCAGCUGACAAAGCACGUUAGAAAGUUAUAAAAGUUCACAUACCCUUCCAAGUCUCUCUCUAAAACAAAUAAAACAACAACAAAAAAACAUUUUUUUUUGACAAAACAACUAGGGAAGAUGUUCACUCAUGACUAGAUUAUAAUUAUUUUAAGGUUUUCUUACUUAAACUCUUUUGAGUGAAUAAACUUUUGGAAACAAAUUGAAAUACAAGACGUGGCAAUUUUCUCUCUGCAUGGUGCUGCUGAGAUCAUUGGAAUAAGCCUAGUCUGUUCAUUAUGUGUACAUGUCAUGUGACCAAUACACAUCAUGUGACCAAUUCAUGCCAUGUGACCAAACGUGCUACUUCGUAAACAUAGAUAGACAGAAUCCAUCAGUGAUGAGACGCCCCGCUGAUAGGGUGCUUGCUGCCAAGCCUCAGAGCUGACUACGAUCCCCAGAAUCCACAUGGUAGAUGGAAAGAACUACUCCCACACUUGUCCUCUGACCUCCAAUGGCCAGCCAUGGUAUGCAUGCACACACACACACACACACACACACACACACACACACUCAACAUAGGAAAGGUAAAAUUCUAAAAUCAUGCUGGAAAUAAAGUAGAACAUGUUGCUUUAGCGUAAGAAUAUUUAAAAAACCCUACAGACAUGGAGUAGUCUAUUUUCUUUUAGUGUAUUGGACUCAGAAGUAUCCAUGUAUGUCUGCAAAGAUUUAUCUAUAAAUGUUCCCAGAUUCAUGGUUUGGUUUGCUUUAAAUGAUAUGUAACAUUAUCCUCAAUGCAGAGAUAGAUCAAUAUGUUUAUUUCUAUGAUAGGAUACUAUUCUUUAUUUAAAAUAUACAAAAUUUACAUGUAGUUACAUGGCUAGAUCACAGUAUUUUGAGAGGAAAAAACAAAAUACUCAAUUAACCAUGGUAUAAUAUUUGUAAGUUAAUAAAACAGUUCAAAGAACAGUAUUGGAUAUUGCUCAUGGCCCAUAUAUGAUCUUAGUUGCCUUUGAGGAUGUAGAAAGCUUUUAUGGAAGUUGUUACAUUAGUCUGUAAUACUUCAGUAAAAGAAUAAAAGCAAAUGUUAUAGUGCUAA